AUGGAAAGGCGCCGGAGCCUCAUGUUGCUGCGGGAAAUAUUGCUCCUGAAGCAGCGGCAGUGCACAUAUCGGUCGACAUGGGUGCGUCCUGUAUGGGCGAACAGGAGAACAGAGAGCGAAUACUUCACAGCGAUGCAAACUAUGAGAAAGAGCGACCCGGAGGUCUUUUUCAAGUUGUAUAGAAUGACCCCAGAGUUGUUCGACCAGCUGCACGAAAUGGUUCGUCUCCACCUCACUAAGCAGCAAUGUGUGAGGGAACCUAUUUCCUCUUGUGAACGUCUCGCCAUGACUCUACGGUACCUUUCCUGUGGAGACCCCAUCCAGGAUAUCGCCCUGAGCUACAGGGUUGGGAUUGAAACCGCCCGUGAAGCAAUCCACCUCACUUGCCGAGUGAUAUGGGACACCCUUUCGCCAUUGUACAUGAAGCCCCCUACUGAAGAAGAGUGCCGACAAAUUGCAAAUGGCUUUUGGGAGCAAUGGCAGUUUCCUGGCUGUGUAGGUGCUGUGGAUGGAAAGCACAUUCAGAUUGAGUGCCCUAAGAAGAGUGGGAGCCUAUUUUUUAACUACAAGAAAACGUUCUCUGUUGUUCUGCUGGCAGUGGCCGACAGCAAAUACAGAUUUGUAUUGAUAGACGUGGGUGCCUCAGGACGUACGAGUGAUGGCGGUGUACUGAAGGAGUCUGCUAUUGGGAAAAGGCUGGAAAGGAACACCCUUGGACUACCUAGCCAGACCUGCCUGCCUGGCACGACGACGUACACACAGCAUGUCUUUGUUGGAGACGAAGCAUUUCAGCUGAGGACUGACUUCAUGCGGCCCUUUCCUGGGAGGCGCUGUGUGGAGAAUGCGUUUGGUAUUCUUGUGGCACGGUGGAGGGUAUUCCGAACGCCUUUAAAACUGGACCCUGACGACGUUGACUACGUUGUCAAGGCUGCAUGUGUCUUGCACAACUACUUGUGCUCACAUAUUGGGACGGAUUCCACCUACUGCCCUCCCGGUUUGGUGGACACUGAAGAUAACACAGGAAACCUGUGUGAAGGAAGGUGGCGGGAGAUAAUGGCCCAAAACUGUAGUGUGUUCAAGCUAGAGUACUCGCCCGCCCGCAACAGCAGCAGAGCUGCAGUUGCACUUAGGGACACAUUGGCGGCCUACUUCAUGACCGAGGAGGGUGCUGUCCCGUGGCAGUGGAGGAUUCCAGGUGUACGAGGUCAACAACAUUAA